AGGAAGUACCAGAAAAAAUACCAGAUUUAGUGAGUGAAAUUCGAUGAACGCCGUUGGCCGCGACCCAAAGAAUAAGAAAUUUAAUCUUUGGCGGCGUUCAUGCAAGUGCGAUGUGGAAACUAAAAAAUUAAAAAUGGAAGGAAAGCUCCAAAAAAGCCUGCAGGAGGUCAGUGCAGAUGAAAAGGGACACCUAUUCCAAGCUGUUGCGCAUUUUUGUGUGACUUCACCGAGAGGAAACAAUACCACUACAGGGCAAGUCCGCAGAAUAGUUGAAGUGCUGGAGGAGAUCCACUAGAGGACCCGAGUGGGAUUUCGCUAUCUACAUGAACACCCUACCAGACUUGUCCUCGCAACAACCACUAGUAAUACUAUCCCUUGAGCUCUCUGUUAGGGAAUCGCUGGACCUUACCACUACCAGCUAUUUGGCAGCUAAUGCGGAGCUGGAGGAAGUGUUGGUUUCUAUGGGGAGGAGGAAAAAAGGAUGCCCGCUAAGGAACAGCUUUAGGAGCCAUUACCAGCUAUUUUUAGAAUGCUGGUCGACUUCUUGCACCAUCAGGCGGAACAACCCUGUUCCCAAUCCGGCUCCUACUGCCUAUUGGGAAUCGGAGCUGGACUGCAGAUGGCGCGGGAAAGAUGGCAAAGCAUCCGUGGGACGAGAAGGAAGCUUUAUACUAUUAAUUUACAGGAAUAAAAGCAUUCGUUGAACAUUCCAUUUAUUAUACCCGUUACUCGUAGAGUAAAAUGGUAUACUAGAUUCGUCUGAAAGUAGGUAACAGGUAGAAGGAAGAGUUUCCGACCCCAUAU